GCAAAGAGUAUAAUAAUAUACAUGUCACAUAGUUAUGUACCUACGUAAAGAUUUCGCUAAUAAACAUCGUUUGACGUUAAAGUUUAUGCAAGUAACUAAAAUAAAUAAUAAAUCUCAAAGUUACAAAUAACUAUUGCAAAAUGGAGUGGAUGAACGAAAGUGCAGUUGUGUGUGGACAUUAUCCCUGUAUGACUCGGAACGCGCGAUACCUAUGUCUUACCGAUAUAUACCAAAAAAUUCUACGUUCAAACAUGUAUGAUAUAGGUGGCACAUACAUACAAGAUGUUGCUGACUACUGGUUUAUGUUUAAAGCAGAAUUAGUUGCAGAUAUGUACAUCAUUCAUUUAUUUUUUACAAAUCGGCAGGAAUGCUCUGUAAACAUCAACAUAAGUUGCCUUAAUAGGAUUUGUCUGUUCAAUCACAACAAAGAUAAUAAUAUUGCUUUACUCUCACCUAUAAUGAAGCAAUAUAAAUUUGUUAAACUAAAAGAAUUAUCUCCGCAUUAUCUGACCACUUAUUCUUUUUCCAAGAUAGAUGUGGAAUUAUUGAAACAUAAAAACUUAUACAUUCCAAUUUCAUUUAUAGAUGAAGACUUAAAUAUUCUUAAAAGUGUUGAUAAACAAUUCCUCGAUUUUAGUACUCUCUUAGAAGACCCAGUUGGUGCAGACUUCACUAUAGAAUCAGAAGAUGGAGCAAAGUUUGCAGUCCAUAAGCUAUUGCUGAUAACACAAAGUGAUGUUUUCCGAGCAAUGCUCAAAGAAGACACUGCUGAAAGCAAAAAUAACUAUGUGAAGUUAAUUGAUGUGGAUAAGGAGGAUUUAAAGUUUUUACUGGAAUUUAUCUACAGUGGAUCAUUUAAAGAUUUAAAAGACAUAUCUUUUUUUAAUAUGUUGAUUCUUGCAGACAGGUUUAAUUUACAGGGCUUAAAGGAACUCUCAGAACAUGCUUUAGAACAACAGCUUAGUGUAGAAAAUGCUUUGGAAACAUUAGCUGUCGCAGAUACUUGUAAUGCACAAAAUUUAAAAUCAAGCACUUUUAAGUUCAUUAAGAAGCAUCCAAAUACCAUAGAAAAUUGUGUAUUUGAUGAAAUGGGUAAUAUCAAUCUAGUUAGAGAAUUAUGUAAAUCAAUGAUAGCAUAAGAUUGUAUAUUUUUUUUUUUUAAUUUAAUAUACUUAUUAUAUUCUGAUUGGUGUACAUUUUGGCAACAACCUGUUAAAAUAUGUACCCAUAAAGCAUUUCUUUAACAACAUCAAGAAAGACUAAUACAGUAGCUAAUCUGGGCUGCAGUUGGCUGUGGUUCAGUCUUAUAGUAUAGGGAAAAAAUAUAAACAAAAGUGUACAACAAUAGUCUAUGUAAUCCAAAAAAGCCAAAUACACUAUGUUUUAAGCAACUGUUCACUUUCAAACUACUGUAAUUACUACUAUUUCAAACUUUUAUGCUACAAUAAAUUUCAAUUUGUAUUUAAGCA